AAGAAUGUCUAUUUCUCAUUUACACAGAUAUUUAUUACUACGAAUCAUUUGAUAAAUUAUAAUAGUUAAUAAUUAAAAAAAGGAAAAAGAAAAAAAAGCAAGCUAGCUGGUCAUAUCAAGAUAUCUUUCUCCAACUUUUCAGCCAUAAUCUCGUAACCCAGAUCUCAAAUUUAUCUUGAUCCAUACAAUCUAUACAUACACGGACACAAAAUAUGAGAAAAAGAAAAAGAAAAAUUAAAAGUAAAAGUAGACAAAAGAAAAAGAAACAGCAACAACAAGAAGUGAAACAGAAUCAAAGAAACAAACACUACUUACUGUCUUUCUUUCUUGAAUCCGCCUCUCUCGACUAUUCUCUGUACUGUACUCCAAAUACCAGACACACAGGCUGCCGAGGAAACAAGUGGCAUAACAGAGUGGAUAAUACAAUUGUAUGUCUUUGUUCGUCAAGAAGAAAAAAGAUUCAAUCUUUUCUGUUCGUCAAGGAGAACUGAGACAUGGGUAUUUUGUACGAUGAUGUGGUGAUCAUCAGGCAGUCGGAGAAAGAAAGCGACUUGAGUGUUAUUACAGUCAAUUGCCCUGACAAGACUGGUUUGGGUUGUGAUUUGUGUCGCAUCAUUCUCUUCUUUGGCCUUAGUAUUGUUAGAGGAGAUUUCUCUACGGAUGGGAAAUGGUGUUACAUAGUGUUUUGGGUUGCUGGAAAUUCAUCAACUAGAUGGGGCCUAUUGAAGAAGAGACUAUUAGGAGUAUGUCCUUCUUGCUCUUCAGCUUCUGGGAUUCCUUAUUACCGAGAUGAAUUGCUGCAGCCUCCAAGACCUCCUGAUGUCUUUCUGUUGAAAUUAUGCUGUCAUGACAGAAGAGGGCUUUUACACAAUGUGACUGAGGUUCUUUGUGAGCUUGAACUCACCAUAAGAAAAGUGAAGGUGUCCACAACACCAGAUGGGAGGGUGAUGGACCUAUUCUUUGUUACAGACACCAGGGAGCUACUACAUACAAAUAAGAGAAAGGAGGAGACGUAUGGUCAGUUAAAAUCUGUUAUUGGAGAUGGCAUGAUAAGCUGUGACAUAGAAAUGGUUGGCCCUGAAAUUACUGCGUGUUCACUGGAGUCUUCAUCUCUUCCUACUACAAUUACAGAAGACAUGCUUCACUGGGAAGUUCCUCCUGGCUCAUUAACUUCCAUUAGUGUUUCUGUCACAAUGGACAAUUCACUGAGUCCUGGCCACACACUUGUUCAAAUUGCGUGUCAAGAUCACAAAGGUCUUCUUUACGACAUAAUGAGAACUCUAAAAGAUUAUAAUAUAAAGAUUUCUUAUGGGCGCUUCUCAAUAAAACAAAGAAGAAAUUGUGAGAUUGACUUGUUCAUCGUUCAAGCUGAUGGGAAGAAGAUAGUUGACCCUAGCAAGCAGGGAGCAUUGUGUUCUCGUUUGGAGAUGGAAUUGUUGCGCCCUCUUAGAGUAGCUGUCGUAAGCCGCGGUCCUGAUAUAGAGCUUCUAGUGGCAAAUCCUGUGGAGUUAUCUGGCAAUGGAAGACCUCUCGUAUUUCAUGACAUCACACUUGCCCUCAAGAUGCUCAGUACCGGCAUUUUUUCGGCUGAGAUUAGGAGGUGCAUGAUCGGGGAUCGGGAAUAUGAAGUUUACAGAGUCUUACUUGACGAAGGGGAAGGUUUGUCCGUCCCUAGAAGCAAAAUUCAGGAAAGAGUUUGGAAUAUGCUAAUGGGUUGGGACUGAAAUGACUUGAAGAUAUCAUUUCUUAAAUGGACAUGGUCACCUCUCACCUGUGCAGUGUAUUUCUCCUUUUUACAGUAUGUAGGUGAUGUAAAUUUCAGAUUAUAUCUCCUUAAAGGCGGGGCUGUUCCACUUCUAACAUGUAUCUUAAAUAUGAGAAUACGAAGAUAAAUAGAAAAAGAUUGAAGAGGCACAUGAAGUCUUGUCAUACAUGUUUGGCAUACCUGAAGUCCUUCCGUUAACGGAUGCUUGCGAUGCAUUAGUUCAUACCCGUCUUGCAUUCCAUCAAUACCUUCUUUUCUCUGUAAAUAAGAUAUGUAACUAGAGCAUGCAAUGUAAAGUGAACAAGGGUUUUGUAGUUCAAAGUUACCAGUUGUGCCCGUAGAAGGAGCUAACUGGACAUCUGCAUAUUAAUUAAGACAAUAAGAUAACAAAUUCAUUGUA